AUAAUAGAUUUUAAUUAAACCCACCCAAAAAGCCGCCACCAAAAGAUUGAUAGAAGACCUUGGGUAUGGAUUAAGCCUAGAAAGUCGGCGGCAGUACCGUCCGUACCUUAAAAGAAUGAAGCUGUGGCGGUUCCGCCGGACAAUCUGAGCAUUGUAUUUAGUGGCAGGUCACUUCUGGCAGAUAAAAAGAAUAAAAUGUCCGAACUACCAAGGGGCUUCGUGGCUGGGGCGGCACAUAAGUAAAUCCGAGGGCCGAGAACUCCGCAUAACGCGUCAGGCAACAACACCACCCCUAGAGUCUUAUCACUCACCUUCUGUGACGGCAGUGAUGAAUCAUGGGGACCUGCCCAAAACCAACGCAGUUUGACAAUAACUAGGAUACAAUAACAUCCAAAAUGUCCCAGCAAGAGCUACAGGAUCUACUCCGGCGCCUUGGAGAGGAGCAACAACGACGAGAACGAGCCGAACGGUCACAGAUAGAGGAGCAACGACUACGAGAAGAAGAACGACGACGACGAGAAGAAGAACGAGAAGAAGAACGGCGACGACGAGACCAGGUUGAGGCAGAACUGAGAGAUCAAAGGGUUCAAAUCCAAGAAACGACACUCCCCGAAUUUCUUGAUGGCUGCCAUGUGCAUUUAUUUCUCGAGCUUUCCGUACAACAAGAUAAAAACUCAUCAACCAAGGGCGAUCCGGCAAACGCCGACCGUAAGCUCCGCCCGGAUAAAAUUCGUGAAUGGACCAGUUUUCCGACCGAACAGGCUUCCAUAUGGAAGGACUUGAUGGACAUUAAGUUUAUAACAGAGCGUCAUUUCACACCUCUUUUAGUUUUAAAAGAAUACGGGAAGGAGGUCCGGCAAAGAACAAUAGGCUCUGAGCUAGAUUUGGGAUACUUUCAAAGACAGACUGUGGAGUCGCGUGUCGCUUCCGUCGUGACACAGCUAUAUGCAAAUCCUCAACUUCGACAAACUUUCUGUUUGAAGGGCGAUAUCGCUUUCGAAAACCACGCCAAUAGCUUAACAGAUGAGUCGAAUAUAUACGCAGACAUGGGCUCUCUGAGCCUGUCCCAAAGACAGCCCCGUCGCUCGGACCGCUUAGCCGCAAAAUCCAAAGUUGACCGUUCAGCACAACCGCCGCAGAGAGGUCAGAAAAAUAUACAAACACGGACUUCUCGGCCUCGAGCAGACCAGUUCUGUGUUUACAACAAAGGCCCAGAAGAGAAGAUUCCGGCUUUUAUUGUUGAGUACAAGGCACCUCAUAAGGUCUCUCUAGCUCACAUCAGGGCUGGACUUCAAGAUAUGGAUCUGGACGAGGUCCUCCAUGUGCAGAGAGAAGAAUCACCGGAGGAUAUAUGUCGUCGUGUUAUGGCCGCAAUUAUUACCCAAACAUUCUCUUAUAUGAUCCUUUGUGGGGUAGAGUUCGGCUUGGCCUGCACCGGUGAGGCGUAUAUAUAUCUUCGCGUCCUGGACCACGAUCCUUCUACAGUGUACUACUACCUGUCUGUGCCGAAGGAGGAUAUCGGCUCAACCACCGGAUGGGCAGGCGAUCUUAAUAGUGAUAAUCAACUGCAUCUGACUGCAGUCGGCCAGAUGGUGGCAUUCACUCUUCGCGCGUUGCGAGAACCGGUACGAGACAUCGCUUGGACAAACUGGGCGGCCGACAUAUUAAAGACUUGGGAGAUGAUAUAUGACGAUCUUUUAGAGGAGAUUGCGGAGAAGGACAUCCCUGCUUCUGACUUUAAACCAUUGUCUCGAAGUCGCUUGGAAUACUCCCGAGUAUCUCCUGUUAAGACUAGAUCCAGAUCUGCCAUUGCCGCGAUCUGUAACCCUUCGCGGGGCUCAAGAUCAUCCAGUCAUGAUGACUCUGAAGAUGGUUUUGAUCCUAAUACUCCGAGUCGACGACCUCCAGAGUCCCGCCUUUCUCACCCAUCGGGUUCCUCGUCUUUAUCGACGGGUCCGAAAUCGCACGGAUCACGCUCCCAAGGCAAGUCACGGCAGUAUUGCACCCAAGAGUGCCUUUUAGGCCUGAUCAAAGAGCGGAAGUUAGAUCGAAAUUGCCCCAACGUGUCUGAUCAUGGGAUUGAACAACAUCAACUAAACCGGAUAACUCUUAUGCGACGGCUCAAGCAGCAGCUCUCUUAUUCUAAUUCAAGGCCGAACACAAAAUCAGGAUGCGAAUCGCUGCAUGUGCACGGGACACGUGGGGCACUUUUUAAAAUCACUCUCUGGUCUCACGGUUAUACAUUUGUAGGAAAAGGCGUGCCGAUAGAAUUUGUGAACGGCUUGAAGCAUGAGAAGCUUGUAUAUUCACGUCUUGCCUCAGUUCAAGGGAUGUUUGUGCCAGUUUUCCUUGGCAGUCUGCAGCUUCACCGCCCGUUUUCUUAUGAUGGUAUCGUGGAGAUUGUUCAACUGAUGUGUAUGGGCUUCGCCGGAAGGACUCUUGCCCGUCAGCAUGCGCUUAAUCGCCAUCAGAUGAUUCAACGAGCAGAGAUCUCACUGCGAAAGAUUCAUAGUUUUGGUGUGCUUCAUAGCGAUCCCAUACCGGGGAAUAUGACCUGGAACGAGCAGGACCGCUGUGUGAUGUUUAUCGACUUUGAGCGCUCAGUCCUGCAACCUCAACGCCGAAUGCCACUGGGUCUUAUUUGUAAUCAAGAGCAUAAACAGGAGGCCGGGCCCUUGGAGAAGAGUCCUAACAAACAUAUGGACUGUUUUGAGCGGGAGAAAAGGCGGAUGAUUAAUGGGCUAUAAUGAUAGGGUAGGAAAUGGGCCCUUUUUAAUCGCUGAUCGGAGUGAUAUUACUAUUCUGCUUUGAAGGGCAAGGAUAUCUAAUUCACAUCAAUCCUCCGGGUAUCUUAUACAUCAGUUCACCGCGCAUUUACCCCUUUAU